GCAUCCACCGCGCGUUACAGGAUGAACAGACCCCAAUAAAUUUAGAUGGGUAGGAUCUACAAAGGUAACACCAUCAGCAUUCAUUCCGGCCAAUUCUGGCCUCCGUCAGCAUAACAACGCAUGGCUACUGAAAGACAAAGUAAUACACAGCGAGAGCACCUUGAAGAAUUGAAAGAAGUUUAUUGCGCAAUCGCGGAUAGAAACUGGGAUGGGUUGAUUAAUUACUAUAAGCGUUGUCCUGAGCACCUGCUGUCUCCGGUGAAUAUCAAUGGUGAUAGGGUAUUUCACUUGGCACUGAACAGCAAAAAGAAGAAACCAUUUGAAGAUCUUCUUGAAAUUGUCAGUUCUAGGGCAUUUCCGGAAAAUACCGUUCGGGAUAUCAUCCUUACGGAAAACGAAGAGAAAAACAAUAUUCUUCACGAGGCUGCCAUCGUUGGAAACUUUGAGGUCAUAAACUUCCUGGUCGAUGGCCCCUACAAAGAACUAGUAAAGAAGCUACUUGGGCUUAAAAAUGUGGACGGCGAGGUCCCACUGUUUACAGCUGCUGCAUUUGGUAGGACAAAAAUAGUCAAGUUCUUAGCGAGUCAAGAAGGACAGAUUGAAAUAACAAAUAAAAGACAAACAAUUCUCAAUAAGAUAGCAGAUGAUAGCAGAACAAGAUAUGUUGAUGGGAAAUCUAUCCUUCAAAUUGCCAUGGAAGGACAACACUUCGAGACUGCUUUGUGGUUGGUUAAUCUUGAUGCAUCACUUACAGUGUGGAAUGACACCACUUCAGUGUCGGAGGAUGAAGAAGGCACGAUUGCACAGAAAACUUCUGAGUUCCAGCAAAGGAUAAACAAGGAGAAAAAAAAGUCGUUGGGGGAAGAAAUUCCCUCGACUUCAGAGUCGAAGGGGGGUGAAAGUCGUCCGUUUGCACUGACAACUUCUCCGCUCCAACUAAAAAGAAAAAAGGAAGAAACUCCCAAGGUUUCAGAGUUUGAGAAGGGUGAAAGUCGCCCGAUUGUUCUGACAACUGCUCUUCAUGUUCUCGCUGAUAUGCCUUCUGCUUUCUGGAGUGGAUACACCGUGGGGAACAUUUUUGAAUACUUGGUUUACUUUUGCAUUCCCGUCAUAGAUGUGGAAGAAAAUGACAAUCAAGAUCCAGAUUCAAGAUUGCAGGAAGAUUUGGAGAGUGGCAAAACAUGCAAUCCAGAACGCAGUUUAUUCCACAACUUUGUGGCUCGUUUGAGAGGAUCAAAAUGUAUCAGACGAUUGACUCGCAAAAUCAUCAAAGGAUACCCAAUGGCGGGAAGAAUAUGGGAAGAGAAGAGAAAGCACAAAUUUGCUUUACAGCUUGCCCAGAAGCUAAUAAGGAAUACUGUUUGGGUGGAAGAUUUUGAAUCAGAUCAAUUUAACUGGAGUAGAAUUCCCUUAUUAACUUCAGGGAGGCCAUCCCCUUUGUUUAUCGCAAUUAAGACAGGAAUAGUAGAGAUUGUCAGUGAAAUUAUUGAUGCGAUUCCUCAGUAUUAUGUGGACCUUCGUAACAAUAAAGGUCAAAACAUAUUGCAUUGGGCUGUGAUGUACAGACGCGAGGAGAUUUUCAACCUGUUAAAAGAUAAGGGAAUGUCAUGGGAUAAGAUGGCUCGGAAAAUUGAUGAUGAUGGCAGCAACUUGCUGCACCUUGUUGCGGACACCGAGCAUUACACUGGAGGCACCAAGCCCGGUCCUGCACUCCAACUACAAGAAGAGUUACAGUGGUUUGAUCGUGUGAAGUCGGUUGUUCCCUCUUACUAUCCUUUGCUUCGAGCAAAAAUGAGUAAAGAGAGCCAAAAUCGGCUAAAAUUUGCACGUGUGAUUGCAAAAGAGGAAUUCAAAAAUCCUUUGACUCCAAGAAUGCUCCUUGAAUUGACGCACAAAACACAACUUCAAGAAGCACAGACCUGGAUUAAGGGAACCUCUCAGUCAUGCUCUACCGUUGCUGCCCUAGUUGCCACUGUUGUUUUUGCUGCCGCCUACACUAUACCUGGAGGUGUUAAUGAAAGGGGUUUUCCUGUUUUCCUACGUGCUCCUUAUUUCAUAUUUUUCACUGUCAUGGAUGUGAUUGCCUUAGCGUUCUCCCUAACUUCAGUUGUGGCUUUCCUCUCUAUCCUCACUUCUCCAUUUGAACUUGAUGAUUUUCGUCGCUCUAUCCCUUGGAAACUUAAAUUUGGCUUCAUUUUACUCUUCCUCUCGGUGAUUAGUGCCAUGCUUGCAUUUGGUGCCACCAUCUUACUAGUCAUUCGUUCUGAGAAAGAAUGGACAACAAGUCUCAUUUCCAUUGCUGCUUUCUUCCCUGUCUCGGUGUUCACAAUAUUGCAAAUCCAUCUAUAUCGGACAGUAAUACAAGAUGCUUUUGAAACAGUUUGGAAGAUUCUUCCUUCCUUUGGAGUAUUUUCUCAAUCCCGAGGAAGAAAGCAACAUUGAUAGUUAUUAUAAGAGUGUUAGAUUCUUAUCCCUGUUUCAGUUAUAAAGAUUAUUUGUUGUGUUUGAUCACAUAGUUUCAUAUAGUCAUCUGUUGUUUCCAUCAGCUAUAAUUUUGUACUAUAAAAGCUUGUACUUGUGUUGUUCAAUACACAACUAUUGGAAAGUGAGAUAUUUUGCUGUUGGAAAUUUUUUAUGUAACGUAUAAGUUCAAAAAGAAUGACUCUCCAUGUUUGUAGGAAGAGUUAUUGGAAGUUUGUCCAAGUGUUAGGUGUGUGUUUAUUAACUUGUAAAAGGCAUUCCUUUGCCAAUAAAAAGGAAGGGUGCUAGAGCUUUGAGAA